UUGUCAUGUGCAGUUGGCAAGCAGGAAGCUUAGAUAUGGACGUGGAAGCCACAAGGGGUACAUCUUCCGGACCGAUCAGCAGUGAUUCGUCUCCUGAACAUCGCUCGAAAUGGAUCCAGAUUCAAGAUUCUCUAAAGGGAAAUCUCAUUACAAAGGAUGACUUCAAAUGGAGAUUACCCACAAAGGAUGACGGAGAAGAAGCAGUGAAAAGUGGGGAAGUUCUCAAAUUCGUCGGCGGGGUUGACUUGAGCUUCUCAAGGGCUGAUCCCUCCGUCGCCUGUGGCAGUCUUGUGGUGCUGGACUUGCAGACACUCCGAGUUGUGUACGAGGAUUACUCUGUUGUUAGGCUCCAUAUCCCUUACAUUCCGGGUUUCCUUGCCUUCAGAGAGGCUCCUGUGCUGCUUGGUCUUUUGCAGAAAAUGAAGGCAAACUCUCAUCCAUUUUACCCUGAGGUAUUGAUGGUUGAUGGCAAUGGGUUGCUCCAUCCUCAAGGCUUUGGAUUGGCCUGUCAUCUUGGGGUUUUAGCUGACCUUCCUACUUUAGGAGUAGGAAAGAAUUUGCACCAUGUUGAUGGUCUAACCAAAUCAAGGGUUACACAACUUCUAGAAGCCACAGAAAACUCCACAAUUGAUAGUUUGAGUUUAACAGGGGACUCUGGAUGUACUUGGGGAGCGGCAAUGCGAUCAACUCGAUGCUCCUUGAAGCCCAUAUUCAUUUCAGUUGGUCACCGUAUUUCUCUUGACACUGCCAUUAAAAUUGUGAGGAUGACUUGCAAAUUCCGCAUUCCAGAGCCCAUCCGGCAGGCAGAUAUAAAAUCACGGAGUUACCUCCAUGAUCAUCCAGAGAUGCACCAGCAUUUAUGUGGCCAGGAAACUUGCAAGCACUAGGAAGCUGGUUGUUCUCCUGAUAGUAACUGUUAAAUGCAUAAGAAAUGUUGCCACGAGAGUCUAGAUCUCCGCAUGAUGUCCCGUACCCA